AUGUACAAGAUUUUGGCGCUGAACUGCCUCAUCACCGCGUACAGCUUGUCGGUCCAGUAUCUCGACGGUAUCAAGUUCGGUGAUUAUCAGGUAACGGUUAGCGGAAUGUCGAUGUCCGUCUGUUUCCUAGCCCUGGCCAAGCCGGUUGAAAAACUCUCCCGGGAGAGGCCACUAGGCAACAUCUUUAACCUCUACCUCCUACUAUCCGUGCUGGUCCAGUUCGCUCCACACAUCAUAUCGCUCGUUUACAUCACGAACUUGUCGCAUUUCCAUGAGCCCUAA